CUCAUUAACUGUGCUUGGCUCCAACGGAAUGGGCCAAUGAGGUGGCACUAGGAAAUGCAUAUGGCGGCUGCGUUCCUGUGAGAGGGCAGCACGUAACCUCAACAUGAAAUCGUGUUCGUUCGCCAUCAUUCGAGUCAUUCGAGUUCCGACCGUUCUCGGAGGAUUGUUGCGUUGAUCGUCGCCGCGUUUCCGCGAGCCGCAGUUGACGAUUUCAUUUUCCGCGGACGGUGCGGGUCGACCGUCGACGAGGGCAAAACAGAGAGGUUGGAAGAAGCAAAGCCCGGAGCAUGCGUCACCGCGGGAAGGUAGCGACUCAGCAGCUCGUGACAGCUCGCGCUAGCCUGUGCUAGCGCAGAGGAUGUGACUUCGUCGGGACGUUCUGGCAGGGCCUAGAGGACGUCCAAGAAGGUUGGGGGAGCCCGGGAAACGCGGGGACAGCCCUCGACCUCGUCACGGAUCGCGCGGAACUCUGACCCGGCCAUGAAGUGAACCGACCCGGCGAGGAUAAUGAUGGGCGAUCAGUUUCGCGGGAAAGCGGAGCAGUAUUCACCCAAGUCUUCACCCCGGGGCGCCCGUUCCCCGGUUGUUUCUCGACAAGACUCCACGGGGACUCUCAAAACGACGAUUUCCCUCGGCAAGAACCCAUCCAUCGUCCACAGCGGGCCCUUCUAUUUAAUGAAGGAGCCCCCUGCAGGGGAAAGUGAACUCACGGGGGCUACGAAUUUGAUGGCCUAUUAUGGCCUGGAACAUUCCUAUAGUAAAUUUAGUGGUAAGAAACCAAAGGAACAGCUCUCCUCGUUUCUCCCCAAUUUGCCUGGGAUCGUCGACACUCCAGGCCACCGAGACAACAGCUCUUUGAGGUCGGUGAUAGAUAAACCUCCGAUUUGUGGGAAAGAACUGCUUCCAUUAACCAGUGUGCAAUUGGCUGGCUUUAGGUUACAUCCCGGGCCGCUUCCAGAGCAGUAUCGAUAUGUCAACCAAGCUCCUCAAAGAAAGCACAAGAACAAGCAUAAAAAGCAUAAGCACAAACCAGGGGAUGUACCUGGUGGUCAAGAGACUGCCACUACCGAUAUUGGUGGCCCCGAUACCCAUGAAAAAAAGCACAAGAAGCAGAAACGACACGACGAAGAAAAAGAAGCCAGAAAAAAGAGGAAGAAGGAAAAGAAAAGGAAAAAGCAGAAGCAUAGUCCAGAACACACAGGUGGACUGACGCCCUCCCAGCAUUCUAGUGCGUGAUCUCAAUAUGUUUAUCUAAUGGAAAAGGGAAAUUGGGAUCUGAAAACUUGUUCCGCAGUGCCAUUAGAUUAUCUUUGGUGCAGUGAACGAAAGUGACUUAUGGCUAAGCCAUUGAAACGAACAACAUGGCUUGGCCUUUCGUACGUAUCUACUGUCGUACGAAUUGUACCAUAAAAUUAAGUGUGGUUUGUUGCAACUCGUUACCCGAUUUCACAAGCUGUAAUUGGAUCUUUGUGUUUCUUCAUGAUCGCAUUUCGUGGGGCCUGAAUUAAACGGCGUCAUCUUUCGUUAGUUAAUGGCUAAGGACGAUCUCGAGCCGUUAACACACCCCACUUGUACUAUAUUUCUUUGAACAUUGAAAGACCUGAUUCCUUGUUACCGUUCACCGCCGAACCAAAAGACUUCACCGAGGUCGCCCUGUCGACAUCCGUUGCCUCUGUAUUAUAUCUUCUAGGGAAUGUAAUUUUGAUAACAGUCGAAUGUCGGACACGUCAUAUUUAUAAAUAUAGAUAAGAGAAUAAAGAAUUAGUUUAGUAAAUUUCGCGGUUCUUGCCGGUCAUUGGGAAGUGUUGUUCUCUUCAAAAAUUAUGUAAAAUGUCUGCGGUUUCUGUUAGAAUUCUUUUGGAAAACAGUAAAAUCAAGCAGAUUCUCCUUU